AUGUCGGAUUCCGAUUUAAAAUUAGAUGAUGGACAGGACAUAUUUUUAUCUCAGGUUCUUGACGAGAUUGAAAGUAUGCAAGAAGACGAUAUAGUGUUGUCGCAAGCUCUGGAUUUAUUUGAAAACAAGGAAUCGUUUGACUUGUCAGAUUCUCAGUUUAAAAAUCUUGUAGAGGAUUGUACCAGUGCAGACUUUUUCGGUAGUUUUACGUUGAAACUACCGACUGGAGAAAAUUGUGAACUGUUAGGUGUGGAUACACAUUGUGAAAAUCGCUUUGGAAAAACUACCAAAACUGAAGAUUUUGACGCACUGAUCAAGGACCAGAAAUCGGGUAACACCGAGAGGAGUACAAAGUGGGCCACCUCUGUAUUUGAGGCUUGGAGAUCCGUUCGGAAACUGGACGGAGAGGAAAUUCCACCACUCGAGGAAUGCGAUAUCAACACCCACCUUUCACGUUUUGUGGUAGAAGCAAGAAAGCAGGAUGGUUCCCCCUACCCACCUGGAUCGCUAUAUAAUAUUGCCUGUGGACUCUUGAGAAAUCUCCGAUCUUCUGGCAUCUAUGAUAAAAACUUCUUGGAUGAGACGAAUGCACGAUACGCGAGGUACUAG